AUGGCUACUGCAAUAACAAUAGCAAUAUUUUCUUUCCUUCUCUUUACUUUCAUAUACCUAUUAUCCAAAAUCUCUUUUCGUGCAAAACAAAAUACCUUACAUCAUAAGAAGCCACCAGGUCCACCAACACUACCUAUAAUCGGAAACCUUCACAUGUUAGGCAAGCUUCCACACCGAGCACUUGAAACACUCUCUAAAAAAUAUGGCCCAAUCAUGUCUUUACAACUAGGUCAAGUCCCAGCUAUUAUUAUUUCAUCUUCAAAAGCAGCUGAAUUAUUUCUCAAAACACACGACUUAGUUUUUGCAAGCAGGCCAAAGACUCAAGGUUCUGAACUCAUGUCUUAUGGUUCCAAAGGGGUGGCUUUUUCUGAGAAAAAUGAGUUGAGUGUUUUGGUUAAAACAUUGGAAAAAGCUGCUUUGGUUGGUGAGGUUGUAAAUGUUAGUGAGGCUGUGGAAAAUCUUGUUCAAGAUAUUAUAUAUAAGAUGAUAUUAGGUAGAAGUAGGUAUGAGCAAUUUGACUUGAAGAAGUUGGUUCAACAAGGAUUGACUUUGAUUGGAGCCUUUAAUCUAGCUGAUUAUGUUCCUUGGUUAGGAGUAUUUGAUCUUCAGGGAAUAACACGAGGUUUCAAGAAAAUCAGUAAAACACUGGAUGAGAUAUUAGAGAUGAUAAUAGCAGAGCAUGAAGAAACAUGUAAUGUAGACAAAACUCGUGCUGAAGACUUUGUAGACAUACUUCUUUCAAUUAUGCAUCAAACUAUUGAUUACGAGAGUGAACAAAAUCAAGAAGUCAUUGAUCGAACUAACAUCAAGGCUAUUUUACUGGACAUGAUAGUGGCAGCAAUUGAUACAUCCGCUACAUCAAUUGAGUGGACUUUAUCUGAACUAUUAAGACAUCCAAGAGUGAUGAAAAUUCUUCAAAAUGAGAUACAAGAUGAAGUAGGAAAUAAGAGAAUGGUUGAAGAGAAGGAUUUGAAGAAGUUGAAUUACCUUGAUAUAGUGGUUGAUGAAAUCCUAAGACUUCAUCCUGUUGCGCCCUUACUAGUCCCUCGUGAAUCUAGAGAGAGUGUCACGAUUGAUGGUUAUUUCAUAGAGAAAAAGACACGAGUCAUGGUAAACGCAUGGGCUAUAGGUAGAGAUCCUAAUAUUUGGUCAGAAAAUGCUGAGGAAUUUUACCCAGAGAGAUUUAUUGACAAAAAAAUGAAUUAUCAAGGACAUGAGUUUGAAUCUAUACCAUUUGGCUCUGGCCGUAGGCGUUGUCCUGGAAUUCAAAUGGGUUUAAUUACUAUUAAGUUGGUUGUAGCUCAAUUGGUGCAUUGUUUUAACUGGGAACUUCCAUAUAAUAUUAGUCCUUCCAAUUUGAACAUGGACGAAAAAUUCGGACUCACAGCACCAAGAGCUCAACAUUUGCACGCAAUACCACAUUAUCGUUUGGUUGAUGCCAAACAUGAAUAA